GAACAUAUUGGUUGAACCAGAAACAUUCUUCUGAAGACCAUUUUUGCAUGAAUGAAGUCUCUGCCACUGUUAGCUGAAGAAUAGACCUGCAUUGUGUCCUUGGAGAAACUGGUUCGGCUUUAAGUUUAAUCCUCUUUUUAAUUGAUGAGACUGAGAGAGACAAAGAAACAACUGUGUUUUUGAAGUCCUCUGUUUUGUUGUGGCUGAGGUAACACUGUCAAAAUUUUGAUUAACAAGUUAAAUCUUCUGUUUCAUGAUCUUUAUCUGUAUUAUUUUUGUAUCAUUGGUAAUUAAGGGUUAGAUGAUGGUAAAGCUCGUGACUUUGCUUCAGUUACAAGACGUACUUACUUGUGAUUCUUUUUAUCUUUCCCGUUUGUGGGAAAAGAAUCAGAAACUUUGUGGUCAUAAGUUGUGAACACGCUCAACGUGUCGUGUACGAUAGGGCAGACAUGAUCGUACUUUCACGUGUUCUGUUACGUAUCCAACUUUUCUAAUAACGGCGAAUAUGAUUUCUUUCUCAAUCUAACUUUUUAGUGUCAGCUUUUAAUUGAGUUACGUGAUAAAAAAUGAUUUUUCAUCCUUGGGAACCACAUGUCAACAAUGAGAAGACAAGUAACAUUUUAUUUAGAAUACAGAUUCAGAGAAGAUAAUCCAAAUAAAACCGGUUAGUUAUAAGGUGGUGUGUUUGGUUAGUGGCCAAUAGCGCCCUAGUUGAUGGCAUUCCUCUCUGCGGCUGGCACUCGAGGAACUACAGUGUCUGACUCCUGCUGAUCUGAGGCGGGGAAGCAGCCCGGCUAGCCACUCAGUCGUACCUGCCAGCCGUCUAAGACAGGCUUCCCCGGCAGGAAUUAUCUAUAGAAGUAGAAGGUGAAACGAGAUCAAAUCAGGGCUAUAAAGAAUCAAAAUCUUUCCUCCCUUUCGUUCUACUUAGGUGGAGCAAUCCGAACUCUCGACCUCGAGCUCUACUUGUAGUGCCUUGCAAGGUCGUAGAGCCGGUAACCCUCGUUCAUCUAAAAUGGAAAAAGUGCUAGAAGGGUAUUUCUUUCCCGUCUACUUGAGUAGCCACUUCCUUCAAGCUGCUCUUUCUAUAAGCUAUAUUCCAGUAGUGAUUAGAGAAGGAAUUCAUGAGUGACUGACCAUUCAACUAGUGGACAUUAUGCACUUGUUAUACAACAACCUCUUUAGAACGGCCCAAACUGAUUGAGAUAGAACCUCUUUCCACACUGCCAUCAGAGAGAUAUUUAACAGUCAAAACCCAUUUACCACUGCCUUCUUCCCUGGAGGGAGAUUCUGCUAUUGUCCGUAAGUCUUUGUUGCUGAGGUCUCAUGCAUGUCGCAAGCGAGUCAAGCUCUCCUGGGUCCCUGGGCUCUCCCUUGUUUCGAUGGUUGGGAAUUGUCAUGAGUCAUUCAGUAAGUAGUGCAUUGUGAUUUGUAAAACACGUGAAGAAGUGUGAGGAUUUGUGGAAGCCCCCUGGUCCAGUGGUUUGACCAAUGGUCCAUUAAUGGUUUUACACCACGAGAUCUGGAUUUUAAUUCCCGCAGAAGGCUAUGCUAGUUAAAGGAAAAAAAGCUUACAAGAGAUCUGUAGUAUGUCGCAAGGAGUACCGAGGCAAGCGUAGAUUCCAUAAGACGGCUCAAGUGAUGCAGUCAGGCGUGAAUCUUCAUACAGCAGGUAGAAAUGUCGGCUGUAGAACGUUUGUAAUAUUUUUCAUAGUUGUAAUACCAUAAUUAUCUAAUGUUAAAAAAAAGUGUGAGGGUUCCGGUUUAGGAGGGAACCGAGGCCUGGUACGUACUUCGAAUUCAAGAGGAGAUGUCCUAGGAGAGUAUCGUAUCUCUGGAAGACUUUGCCGUCAGGAGAAAAUCAAGAACUUUGUAAAGUUCCAUUUGAUUGCGUCAAUCAGCAAACCUCCUUUCUCUGCUUUCAAAUAUUGUAUAACGGCGCCGUGUUCUUCCCGUUCACAUCCACAUACGUUUACACAUAAUCACACUAUUGGUAUAAAAUGAUUUUUCUCGUAACACAUGUUUUGUAACGACUCAAUUCUCAGCCCAGUGACUUCGGCCCGUCAGAGUCCAUCAGUGUUGCAGGAAGCCCUUGGUGAGUCCCAUAUAUAAACCAUUAUUCCACAUUAUUUAUUCUUCAGAAACCCUAAGCGUUGUAACUCUACAGAGACUGAGCCGUAACUCACACCUGAGAUCGUACCGCCGCCACCACCACGUCCAGAGCCGAAAUCGACCAGUUCACCGCCGAUCCCAGACGAAGGUAACAGGAAAUCAUCUUUCCGAUUUGGUUUUAAAAACGGCCGUUCAUUCAAUCGAUCAUAACUCACUAACCAUUUGGAAUUUCGUAAUUCUAAGACCACCAUCGUGAUCGCGACGUCGAGACGAGUCGGGACCAAGAAGAUCAGCCGGAAAGUCGCCCGGACGCGCCGUCAAGCGCGGCUUUUCUCCAGCGUCGUUCCGCGCGUGUGGCACACGCGCCGCCGCCAUCCUCCACACGUUCCGCGCGUGGAUCUCACGCGCCACCACCACGCACCGUGUUCCGUCGCCGCCGUUGAUUCUGAUUUGGAGUCUGUUUGAGCAGUUGGAGUUCAUAGCUAUUACCUUUCCACAUUGCUAAGAUGCCGCCAAAAAGAGGAACUAAGCGUACUCGCACCGUCAGGGUCAGAGCUGAUGCUCGUGAAGUUGUGGAUGAUCAGGGUGCUACAGGAGGUGUUCAGGCAGAGGGUGUGCAGCCUGCAGCCCCACCAUUUGAUCAGGCUGCACUCAUGCAGAUGGUUCAGCAGACAGCUACCCAGGCUGCUAUUCAGCAGGUUACGCAGGACGCUGCUCGUGUAGCUGCACAAGAAGCUACCCGUGUAGCAGCACAAGAGGUUGCCCGUCAGUUGGCUGCUGGUCAGCAGAUUCCACCGCAGCAUAUUCCACCGCAGCAUAUUCCACCUCAGCAGAUUCCACCUCAGGUUCCUGUGCAGGGGGUUCCAGAACAACAACUUCCUCAGGGUUUACAGCAACCACCACUACCACCACCUCCACCUUUACCGGUUUACCGUGUUUAUGAUGAGAGGUUUUACAGACUUACGACUUAGAUGCGGAACAUGGAUAUGAAGCAUUUUGGGGGAACAGUGGAUGCUACAGUUGCAUAUGAUUGGAAGCUUGGUCUGCAACGGAAAUUGGAGAUUAUUGAGUGUCCACCAGAGGUUUCACUUAGGUUGGCUAUGCAGUACCUACGUGGAGAUGCACUUGUGUGGUGGGAGGGAGUACGAUUGGGCCAUCGUGGGCCUGAUCCGCUUACCUUUGCAGAUUUUAUUCGGGAGUUCGAUAGGAAGUACUUUCCAAAAGAAGCUAUGGAUAAGAAGAAGAGUGACUUCGAGCAUGUGAGCCAGGGUGGCAUGACAAUCAGAUAGUAUGAGGUUGAGUUCAACCGACUUCGCAGGUUUGCAGGAGGUGGUAUUACUGAGGAAGACCUGAUUAGGAAGUUUUUGGGUGGGAUGCGAGUCGAAAUUCGCAACAGAUGCCGUGUCGUCACUUACCACAUAUUGGAAGAUUUGGUGGAGAAAGCUGCUGAGCAGGAAUCAGGUUUGGCAGAGGAACAAAAGCUCCUCAAGUCAUCUCAGAGUAAGUCUGGAAAGACUGAUGAGUCUCACAGGAGGACCAGAGACCAGUUAGAGGCACUGUAUUGUGCUCGUUGUCGUCGUCAUCACAGCGAAGAGUGUCCCAAGUGUUUUACUUGCGGAAGGUGGGGACAUUUGUCAAAGUAUUGUCGGGUGAAACCAGCGGAUGCGACUUCGGCCAGUCAGAUUGCAGCACCUACAGCAGCCAACAAGGUUUGUUACAAUUGUUAUGAGCCCGGUCAUAUUGCCCGAGAGUGUCCAAAGAAGGGGCAACCAACGCUCCCACCAGCUAAGCGUCAAGUCGUCGCUCCACGUGUGUAUGCCCUAGGAGAGGCCAAUGGAGCUGAGCCGACAGCCGGUACGUAUCUUUGCCACACUCGUUUAUCUUGAGUGCUAUUGUGGUUGUGAUUACUAUGUAUAGUUAAAAAAAUUUAUGAGCAGGAUCGGUUUCUGUUGGAGGUGAGGUAGCUCACACUCUUUUCGAUACGAGAGCUUCUCACAGCUUCGUGAGUUCGCGACUAGUCAAGUCUUGGCCUUUUCAGGGUUUCUUUGAACCAAAGACUAAGCAGAUUCAGACAGCCGGCACAGAGAGAAUUGGAGCCACUAGCGUGCAUCGAGAUGUUCAUGUCUUACUUGGAGGGUUCGUUUUCACCGGAGACCUAGCAGAGAUGGAGCUAGAUUACUACGACGUUAUACUUGGAAUGGAUUGGCUGUCGCGACAUCGAGUGGUGUUAGAUUGCCCGAAGGCAAGGGUUCAUAUCCCUAGAGAAGAGGGGAAGCUCACAUUCCAGUGUGUUCAAGCUCACCGGGAAAUUUCUAUUGUCUCCAUGAUACAUGCUGAGGAUUUAUUGGAAAGAGGAGCAGAGGGGUUUCUGGCGACUAUUUCGAUGGUUAAGAAUGACGGACAUCACGAGUUGCAGGACAUUCCGGUGGUUGAGGAGUUCGAGGAUGUAUUUGAGGCCUUAAAGGGACCACCACCAGCGAGAGGAGAUGCUCUCACUAUUGAGUUGGAACCAGGGACAGCACCGGUUUCACGGGCCCCGUACCGACUAGCGCCAGCAGAGAUGGCUGAACUAAAAAACAAUUGGAGGAGCUAUUGGGUAAGGGUUUCAUCAGACCCAGUACUUCACCGUGGGGAGCACCAGUACUGUUUGUGAAGAAGAAAGAUGGGAGUUUCAGGCUUUGUAUUGAUUACAGAGGUUUGAACAAGGUGACCAUCAAGAAUAAGUAUCCACUUCCGCGUAUUGAUGAGUUGUUGGAUCAGUUACAGGGAGCCUCAUGGUUUUCUAAGAUUGACUUGGCAUCAGGUUAUCACCAGAUUGCGUUAGCAGGGGAGGAUGUGCGGAAGAUGGCUUUCUGCACACGUUAUGGACAUUACGAGUUUGUGGUGAUGCCAUUUGGGUUGACGAAUGCACCUGCAGCAUUCAUGAAACUUAUGAAUGAUGUUUUUCGCGAGUAAUUGGAUAAGUGCGUGAUCGUCUUCAUCGACGAUAUUCUGAUUUAUUCUCGGAGUAGGGAAGAGCAUGCUGAGCAUUUACGGAUUGUGUUGGAGAAGCUCGGAGAGCAUCAACUAUUUGCUAAGCUGGGUAAGUGUAGCUUCUGGCAGAGAAAGAUUGGAUUUUUGGGUCAUGUGGUUUCUGAGGCAGGAGUUGUUGUAGAUCUAGAGAAGAUUGUCGAAUUACAGAGUGGCCGACACCUAAAAGUGCUACAGAGAUCCGUAGUUUUCUGGGUUUAGCAGGUUAUUACAGGAAAUUCGUCAAGGGAUUUGCUAGUAUCGCCAAACCGAUGACUCAGUUGACAGGCAAAGAUGUUAAGUUUGUGUGGACAGAUGAGUGCUCGAAGAGUCUCACAGAAUUGAAGCGACAACUCACAGACACGCCAGUUUUGGUACUGCCGAGGCCAGGGAUACCAUAUGACGUUUACACAGAUGCGUCAGGUACUGGUUUGGGUUGUGUAUUGAUGCAGGAUGGUCAUGUUAUCGCUUAUGCAUCACGUCAGUUGAGGCCUCACGAGGUCAACUACCCCACCCAUGAUUUGGAGUUAGCAGCAGUUGUUUUUGCGCUAAAAAUAUGGAGGUCAUAUCUAUAUGGGGAGAAAGUUCAGAUCCUCACAGAUCACCAGAGUCUUAAGUAUAUCUUUACACAAAUGGACCUGAAUUUGAGACAGUGUAGAUGGAUGGAGUUGUUAGCAGAUUACAACUUAGAUAUUACAUAUCAUCCAGGUAAGGCCAACCAUGUGGCAGACGCCUUGAGUAGACGCAGGAGUGAUGUUUCAGGAACCAAGGAGGUUCAGGAGCUGACUGGAACAAUUGCUAGUCUCAGAUUGUGUGCAAUCACUUCAGAUGGGGAGACAGCUGGUCUUGAUGCUUUGGAACAAGCAGAUUUAUUAUGGAGGAUACGCAGAGUUCAAGAUGAUGAUGAGGCUUUGGCUAAACAGAUUGAGAUCGAGAGUAUUGGAUAUCAUACAGCUUUGAGCGGGAUGUACAUGUACCGGAACCGAGUUUGUGUGCCAGAUGAUAAACUGCUACGGAAGGAAAUUUUACAGCAAGCACACAACUCACGUUUUUCUAUCCAUCCAGAGAAUACCAAGAUGUACAGAGAUUUGAAGCGUUAUUACCAUUGGACUGGUAUGAAGAAAGAUGUUGCUACAUUUGUAUCGCAGUGCCAGACAUGUCAGAUGGUUAAGGCUGAACAUCAAGUGCCUAGCGGAUUAUUGCAGAACCUGCCGUUGCCAGAGUGGAAAUGGGACAUGGUGACUAUGGAUUUUGUGACUGGACUCCCGACAACUUUUGGUGGGAGGAAUGCUAUUUGGGUGAUUGUGGAUAGACUCACCAAGUCUGCUCAUUUUUUAGCGAUUAAGAAAACAGAUGGAGCUGAUCAGUUGGCGCAGAUUUACCUUAGAGAGAUUGUGAGGUUGCAUGGAGUUCCUGUCAGCAUUGUAUCGGAUCGAGACACAAAGUGUACAUCUGCUUUGGAGGGUCUUUCAGAAGGCGCUUGGGACAAAAGUCCAUAUGAGUACAACUUAUCACCCGCAGACAGAUGGACAGUCAGAGAGGACUAUUCAGACUUUGGAGGAUAUGCUCAGGGCUUGUGUUUUGGAUUGGGAAGGAAACUGGGGAAAGUAUCUACCUCUAGCGGAGAUUGCAUACAACAACAGCUAUCAUUCAAGUAUUGAAAUGGCACCAUAUGAGGCGCUUUAUGGUAGGCCUUGUCGUAAACCAUUUUGCUGGACAGAAGUGGGAGAGCGAUGAGACUUAGAACCUGCAAUGGUUCAGGAGACAGUAGAGCAGGUGGAGAUGCUCAAGUCUCGGCUUAAGGAGGCUCAUGACCGACAGAAGAGUUAUGCAUAUAAGCGCCGUAAGGAUUUAGAGUUUCAGGUGGGCGACCUGGUAUACCUGAAGGGAGGAUCUAAGACUCGGAAGCUAAAGAAACUUAAACCAAGAUUUAUGGGGCCGUAUCCUAUUUUGGAACGGAUAGCAGCAGUUGCUUACAGAUUGGGAUUAUCAGCAGGGUUGUCAGACUUCCAUGAUGUGUUCCAUGUGUCAGUAUUGAGAAAAGUUGUGAGAGAGCCAGAGCUCAUUAUGCAGCAGCCACCAAGUGACCUUGGUAAAAAUUUGUCUGCACUUUGUCAGCCAGUACAGAUUUCGGAGAGGCAAAUGAAAGUGGUUCAGGGGAUGACGACUAGUUUGGUCAGAGUCCGUUGGGAGAGAGACGGGAUCCAGGAGGAGACCUGGGAGACCGAAAAUCACUUGAGGAUUGACUAUCCAGAGCUUUUUGAGGAUGGUAUUGGACAGUCGGUUCAGGAGCCGAAUUCGGGGUCGAAUUCCUUAUUAGUGGAGGAGAAUUGUAACGACCCAAUUCCCAGCCCAGUGAUUUCGGCCCGUCAGAGCCCGUCAGUGUUGUAGGAAGCCCUUGGUGAGUCCCAUAUAUAAACCAUUAUUCCCCAUUAUUUAUUCUUCAGAAACCCUAAGCGUUGUAACUCUACAAAGACUGAGCCGUCACUCACACCUGAGAUCGUACCACCGCCACCACCACGUCCAGAGCCGAGAUCGACCAGUUCACCGCCGAUCCCAGACGAAGGUAACCGGAAAUAAUCUUUCCGAUUUGGUUUUAAAAACGGUCGUUUAUUCAAUCGAUCAUAACUCACUAACCAUUUGGAAUUUCGUAAUUCUAAGACCACCAUCGUGAUCGUGAUGUCGAGACGAGUCGGGAUCAAGAAGAUCAGCCGGAAAGUCGCCCGGACGCGCCGUCAAGCGCGGCUUUUCUCCCGCAUCGUUCCGUGCGUGUGGCACACGCGCCGCCGCCGUCCUCUACACGUUCCGCGCGUGGAUCUCACGCGCCACCACCACGCACCGUGUUCCGUCGCCGCCAUUGAUUUUGGGUAAGCCGCCGUUCUUUUUCCGCCGCCGGUGACUCGGCCGGUAACUCGGCCGUUGACUCGGCCUGUGACUCGGCAACUCGACCAAGUCGACUUGGCAACUCGACCAAGUCGACUCGGCGAGUCAACCUGGAUCCGGUCAACCGGUUGGGUUAAUCGAUUUUGGUUCGGUUUAGGUUAACCGGUUAUUUAUUAAAUCGAUUUCUGGUUUAAAUUAAUUAAACUGGUUAAGUUAAACCGGUUGUUAAAAUUGAUUUAAAUUCGGUUAUGGAAAACCGAUUUGGUUCAAUUCGAUUUCAAUUUGGUCAAGGGUUGACCGGCUUGGGUCAGAGUUGACCAGGUUGACAUUUGACCAGCGGGUUGACUUUUGACCAGAUCGCCGGUUAUCCGUUUUUAACCGUUCGAAGGGCGUUCUGGCUCGAUUUUUCGCCCUGAUUUCAGAUUUGGAGUCUGUUUCAGCAGUUGGAGUUCAUAGCUAUUACCUUUCCACGUUGCUAAGGUGAGGGUCUUUUCCCGAGCUUCUCUUACACGGCUUAGGACCUCGAAUAAGUAUAAUUUAUUUCUAAUGUGUUCUGUCUGUGUGAAAUCGAGUCUGUCAUUGUUUGUUUAGUUUUUAGGUUCUUUGCUUAAACCGGAACUAGGGUGUUAGAUGGUUCAACAAUGCUUGUUCAUUUAUAAUUGAUAUUAUAUAUGUAUAUAGUAUAUUGAGGUGAUUUGGGUGUUAGCCGACCAUGGAGACGUAAUUCUGUGUGUCGGUCGGAGACCAGUACAUUGGUUGUGGUGUAUGCUGAGGCACAGCUUAGUCGACAUGUUGUGCCAAGGCUUCGAGGUCGAUAAAUCGUCUACGGGCGUGUGUUACUGAGCACAUAUUCGGUGGUGUUUUGGCCUGUUAGUGGGCAGCGAAUGUGCACCUCCCUAGGACUGUUGUGUGAUCUUUGGGUACUUUAGAUACCGUGUUUGCAACGUGUUAUGAUUAAAUUAUAUUUAUUCGGAGGGCUUUGUCCGGGUCCAUAGACUUCGGGUUUAGUAUCUCAUACCUCACUGAGUGACUUCCUCGUUACUCACCUCUCAUUUGCCC